AUGAACAUUAAACCAGUUCUUCUUGCUCUAGGUCUUUUAUUAUGCAAGAUUCAAGCGCAGAUUUGUGGCUAUGGUGACCCAACAAUAGUAACAUCCUCCAUUUCUGGAUUAGCACCCACAAAUUGUCCACAAUUAAUAUCAGCACCUCAAGUGUUAACUACGCCUUUAUUCGGAACAACAACCACUGACAAUUCCUUAUCAAACACUCUCGCGAAGGUUCUACAAUUACUUGUUGUCAGUGAUUUGAUUCAAUCAACUUUAAAAACAAUUGUAGGACUUUGCUGUGCGCCAUGUUCUAAUUCUAUUUGUGAACCAUUUAUUUCUCAACCGAUUGUGUGCAAACCUACAAUUGAUGUGAUUACUCCAGUAACAGAAUGCAUACAACCACCAUGCUGUCCAGUAAUUGAAUGCAUACCGUCAUGUUCACCUACUCGUAUAAUAGAAUAUGUACAACCACCAUGCUCUCCACUAAUUGAAUACAUACCGUCAUAUACACCUGUAGCAGAAUACAUACAACCACCAUGUUCUCCAGUAAUUGAAUACAUACAGUCAUGUUCACCUCUCAUUGAUUAUACAUCGCCGUGUGGUCCAGUUAUUGACUGGGCGCCACAAUGUGGCCCUGUAAUUGAUUACACACCAUCAUAUGGAACAGUCUUUGAAUGUACACCUUCUUGUGGACAAUUCAUCGAGCCUCUGCCGAAUUUCUAUGGAGGUAUAACAGAAUGUAUAUCACCUAUGAAUAAUCUACCAACAAUUCCUGCUGCAGUUUCGAAUUGCUGCGGUGGUGUGCCCGAAUUUAUAUGUCCUGUCACAAACGUUGGACCAUUGUAUACGCAAUCGUUUUCUUCUAAUAAUUUUGGUGGACCGAUUCAAAUGCCACCUCAAGUACCAAACUGCUGUAAUUAUUUUCCGGACAUUAUAAGCCCUGUAUGUAAUACAGGCCUAGUUCCUACAGAGAUAUUAUUACCUUCAGCUAUUCCAGCUCAGAUAAUAUGUAACAUUGAAAGCAUACCUAUUUCAUUGCCGCAAGUAAGUAUGAACGUGGAACCCUUACCCUGUGGAUUUGGGUGCAAUCAAUUCACACCUAAUUCAUAUUUCUAUUUUACUGAAUAA